AUUGUGACACAGUUCUGUAGCUUGCUUACAGCAACAGCAAUAUCAGAUUGUGAGCGGCAAUUGCGACGGGCAAAGCACAAGAUUUGGACCUUGUGACGACUGACGAGACACUCCUUUGUUUCUAAAGAAUGCUUUGAAAAUGGAAACUCUAUCUAUUUCGCCACGUUUUAUUCCAUCGGUUCCUCGCUUAUCUCCAGCUGUUCCUAUUAGUGUCCGUGCCCUUUGCUGCAGAAGCUCAACAGGAUUUCUUAACUUGUCUGGCCCCCGCUCGCAUCUCUGUACAUUGAGGUGCUCAGUUCUAUCUGCUCCAUCAUUAGAAGAUGAUGGUGCAGUGAAGUUUGUAGAAGCUUCUAAAGAUGGAAAUUUAGUUCCUCUUUACAGUUGCAUAUUCUCUGACCACUUGACUCCGGUACUUGCUUACCGAUGUUUGGUUAAAGAAGAUGAUCGAGAUGCCCCAAGCUUCUUGUUUGAGUCGGUUGAGCAGGGUUUUGGAUCGUCAAAUGUUGGACGUUACAGUGUGGUUGGAGCUCAGCCAACAAUGGAAAUUGUGGCAAAGGAGAAUCUCGUUACAAUUAUGGACCAUGAAAAAGGAUGUAGGACGGAGGAGUUUGUAGAUGAUCCAAUGGUAAUUCCUCGGAGAAUCGUGGAGAGUUGGAAACCACAGCUGAUUGAAGAACUUCCAGAUGCGUUUUGUGGUGGAUGGGUGGGUUAUUUCUCAUAUGAUACUGUGCGGUACGUGGAGAAGAAAAAGCUUCCAUUCUCAAGUGCACCUGAAGAUGAUAGAAACCUUGCAGAUGUUCAUCUGGGCCUCUAUGAUGAUGUUAUAGUAUUUGAUCAUGUGGAGAAGAAAGCAUAUGUGAUCCAUUGGGUGCGGUUAGAUCAGUACUCUUCAAUUGAUGAGGCCUACACUGAUGGAAUGAAUCGCUUGAAAUUUUUAGUGUCAAGAGUGCAAAGUAUUGACCUACCAAGGCUAUCAUCAGGUUCUGUAAAAUUAUACACGCGCCUUUUUGGUUCUUCGUUGAAUAUGUCGAGCAUGACGAACGAGGCAUACAUGCAAGCUGUAUUGCAAGCUAAAGAGCAUAUCCUUUCUGGGGAUAUUUUCCAAAUAGUACUAAGUCAACGUUUUAAGCGACGAACAUUUGCUGAUCCAUUUGAAGUAUACAGAGCAUUGAGAGUUGUUAAUCCAAGUCCUUAUAUGGCUUAUCUACAGGCCAGAGGAUGUAUUAUGGUUGCUUCAAGCCCAGAAAUUCUCACUCGUGUGAAGAAGAGAAAUAUUAUGAACCGACCGCUUGCUGGGACUGUUAGAAGAGGUAAGACAGACAAGGAGGAUGAGAUUUUGGAAAAGGAACUGCUGAAUGAUGAAAAGCAAUGUGCAGAGCACAUUAUGCUAGUUGAUUUGGGACGGAAUGAUGUUGGAAAGGUCUCCAAACCUGGUUCUGUUAAGGUGGAGAAGCUUAUGAAUGUUGAGCGGUACUCUCACGUAAUGCACAUUAGCUCCACGGUUACAGGUGAAUUACUCGAUGGUCUCACUUGCUGGGAUGCACUGCGUGCAGCAUUGCCUGUUGGAACAGUUAGUGGAGCACCAAAGGUGAAGGCCAUGGAGUUGAUAGAUCAGCUGGAAGUCACUAGGCGUGGGCCAUAUAGUGGUGGUUUCGGAGGCAUUUCCUUUACUGGAGAUAUGGACAUUGCCCUUGCUCUCAGGACCAUCGUUUUCCCAACUGCAAUCCAUUAUGACACAAUGUACUCGUACAAGGAUGCAAACAAACGCAGGGAAUGGGUUGCCCACCUUCAAGCCGGGGCUGGAAUUGUAGCUGACAGUGUACCCCAGGAUGAACAGAGGGAAUGUGAAAACAAAGCGGCUGGUCUUGCCCGUGCCAUUGAUCUCGCAGAGUCAACAUUUGUUGAUAAAUGAAGUUGUUCAGGGGGUUAGAUUGGGAGGCAAGGGGAUCCACUUUUUCCAUGGAUUGCUGUGGAAAAGGAAUUCGAAUCUAUAGAGAGCUAUGUUUUCUCUUGUUCUUAUAU